UGUCCCGCUGCGGAGACGAUUACCUUCUGUUAUUCGGGUAAAAAAAAAGUUAUUUCAAGUUGCACAGGCCAUAGAAACUAAUAUGGAGGAAACUACCGAUCCAAGCCACUUCUAACACAAACGCGGACCUGCUCUGGAAAUACUUGAGCAACUCUGGGGCAAGAGAAGAACAAACUUUUUUUUUCUCACGGAGUUUACCUACUGUAGCAGGCGAGCUAGCCUAGCCAAAGCUAACAUUAGCGCUACAAGUAACGCACUCCCUGAAGACUUUAAUCAAAACUCGCAGGGUUUAGAUUGAUGUAUCUUCUCAACUUUACUUAAGACUAAAUCAGUUUCUUUUCCAACCCGCUUCAGUCAGUCAGUGUGUGUUUAUUCUCAGACAUAGGUCAGUGCUUUGAAUUUCCCUCCUUUUGACAGAGUCUGGACGCUUAGCGAGGGGUUCACUCAAGUUGGCUGCUUACCAAAUUAUUAGCAACACUGCGCUAGUUAGCAUGAAGUUUAGGCCCAUGGGAGUUUAUUAUUGCCAAAUGUAAAUACAGAAUCAAAGCCAACCGGACUGUUUAUUUAAUGUGUGUGAUGUUAGGGUGUAGGGAGAGUUUUGCCACAGUGGUCUAUUUUAUCACACAGUUGACGGAAACGGAUUAAGCUCAAAGUAUGGAUCCAUACACGGGGAACUCUGCCUCGGCUGCUGUCCCGAAGAAAGACAAGAAAUCCAAGAAGAGCUAUGAGGAUGGAGACGGGAAAAAGAAGUUUACUCUUAAACGGCUGAUUCCUGAUGAGUUGGAGCGGUUUACCAGCAUGAGGAUGAAGAAGGACAAGGAAAAGCCUGGUCAAAUGCCCAGCCAGCGUCACUCGUCUGCUGCCACCUACGAGCUAAGCUCCCAGAGUCCCAUGCUGCAGGACCUCCCGGAUGAGUAUGUGUUGGAGCUCUUCGAACAGAUGCUGGUGGAUAUGAACCUGAAUGAGGAGAAGCAGCAGCCUCUUAGAGAGAAGGACAUUGUGAUUAAACGUGAGAUGGUUUCACAAUACCUGCACACAUCCAAAGCUGGACAAAACCAAAAGGAAAGCUCUAAGUCUGCAGUGAUGUACAUCCAGGAGCUGCAGGAAGACUACCGUGACCCCCAGCUGCUGCUGAGCUGUCUGGAGUCUCUCAGAGUGUCCCUCAAUAACAACCCUGUCAGUUGGGUGCAAACCUUUGGAGAUCAGGGUCUAACAUUGUUACUAACUCGUCUUCGAUUACUCCAAGACGACAAACAUGAGUAUCCAAUGAGGAUGGCGGUAAAAUGUCAGCAUGAGAUAAUUCGAUGUCUGAAGGCCUUCAUGAAUAAUAAGUAUGGUUUAAAGUCCAUGCUGGAGUCUGGUGAAGGCAUACCUCUGCUGGUCAGAGCCAUGAACCCUACAGUGCCUCACAUGAUGGUGGAUGCUGUCAAGUUGCUUUCUGCCAUUUCUAUUUUGGAACAGCCUGAGAAUCUCCAUGAGCGUGUUCUGGAGGCCAUAACUGAGGAGGCGGAGAAAAGGGAGGUUGAGCGGUUUCAGCCUUUACUGUCUGGAAUGAACAAUCACAAUAUUGCUCUUAAGGGUGGCUGUAUGCAACUGAUCAAUGCUUUGAUUAGUCGAGGAGAAGAGUUGGACUUCAGGCUCCACAUCCGUUCUGAACUGCUAAGACUAGGACUCAGAGAACAACUUAAGGAGAUACGGACCAUUGAAAAUGAGGAGCUGAGGGUACAGCUUACUGUUUUUGAAGAUGAAGCUGAAGAUGACGCUGAGGACCUCAGAGCACGUCUAGAUGACAUUCGCAUAGAGAUGGAUGAUGUGAGGGAGGUGUUUGAGAUCCUGGUCAACACAGUGAAGGACUCCAAAGCUGAGGGACACUUCCUGUCUGUAAUGCAACACCUCCUGUUGGUCCGCAAUGACUAUUUGGCCAGACCUCAGUAUUACAAGUUGAUAGAUGAGUGUAUAGCUCAGAUUGUUCUUCAGAAGAAUGGAGCAGAUCCUGACUUUAAAUGCCAAAAACUAAAACUCGAAGUUGAACGUUUAAUAGAUAACAUGGUGAACCAGACUAAGGUGGAAACCAGUGAAGCCAAAGCCACUGAGCUGGAGAAGAAGCUGGAUGCAGAGUUGACUGCACGACACGAGUUGCAGGUGGAACUGAAAAAGCUGGAAGGAGACUAUGAGCAGAAACUGCAGGAUUUGAGUCAAGAGAAGGAACAGCUGGCCUCUGUUAAACAGGAGCGAGAAAAAGAGAACCAGGGACUACAGAAGCAACUGAGCUCUCUGGAGCUACAGAUUGAAAAGCUGCAAAAAGAUCUGGAAGAAGCCAAAACUAAAGUUAUCACAGUAACUGUACCCGUGACAACACCUGGACUGCCACCUCCACCACCUCUGCCUCCCUCAAGUACUGGAACUGGACCUCCUCCACCUCCUCCUCCAGGCCAUGCAGCCAUGCCUGUGCCCCCACCUCCUCCACCACCACCACUGCCUGGUAUGCCUGGGCCCCCACCUCCUCCACCUCCUCCACCCUUACCUGGCAUGACUGGACCCCCACCGCCUCCACCUCCUCCACCAUUACCUGGUAUGGGACCGCCACCUCCUCCACCCCUUCCUGGUAUGGGACCGCCACCUCCUCCACCCCUUCCUGGUAUGGGACCUCCACCUCCUCCACCUCCCCCAGGAGGUCCUGGGAUGCCUCCUCCUCCUCCGUUUGGGGGCUGGACUGCAGUGCCCCCUCCUCUACCUUAUGGCCUGCAGCCAAAGAAGGAAUAUAAACCUGAGGUCCAGCUCAAGAGAGCCAACUGGAGCAAGAUUGGACCAGAGGACCUCUGCGAAAACAGCUUCUGGACAAAAGCAAAAGAGGAUCAGUUUGAAAACAAUGAGCUUUUUGCCAAACUCACCUUGACCUUCUCCUCACAAACAAAGACCAAAAAUGUGACGGAUGGUGGAGAUGACAAGAAGAAUAUGCAGAAGAAGAAAGUUAAGGAGCUAAAGAUUCUGGAUGGAAAGUCUGCACAGAAUCUUUCCAUCUUUCUGGGAUCAUUUCGUCUUCCAUAUGAAGAGAUCAAAAAUGCAAUUCUGGAGGUUAAUGAGAAGAUCCUUACAGAGUCCAUGGUCCAGAAUCUCAUCAAGCAGCUCCCAGGCCCAGAGCAGCUCAGUGUCCUGGGCGAGAUGAAGGACGAAUAUGAUGAUUUGGCUGAGUCUGAGCAGUUCGGAGUCGUGAUAUCCAGUGUGAAGAAGCUCAUGCCACGACUCCAGGCUAUUUUGUUCAAGCUUCAGUUUGAGGAGCAGCUCAACAACAUUAAACCUGAUGUGGUGUCUGUGACCGCAGCCUGUGAGGAACUGUCCAAAAGCGAGUCCUUCUCCAAACUACUGCAGAUUAUUCUCCUUGUGGGCAACUACAUGAACGCUGGGUCUCGCAAUGGCAAAGCAUUUGGUUUCUCAAUUUCGUAUCUCUGCAAGUUACGGGACACCAAAUCUGCAGAUCUGAAGAUGACACUGCUCCAUUUCCUGGCUGAAGUGUGUCAAGAUCAGUACCCAGAUAUUAUGAGUUUUCCUGAUGAGCUCAUUCACGUGGAGAAGGCCAGCAGAGUAUCUGCAGAGACUCUUCAGAAGAACCUAGAGCUUAUGGGACGCCAGAUCAAAAACCUUCAGAAAGACCUGGAAACAUUUCCUCCUCCACAAAAUGAAAAGGACAAGUUUGUGGAGACUUUAUCUAGUUUUGUCGUCACUGCUCAGGAACAAUAUGAGAAACUGGACCUGAUGCACAAGAACAUGGAGAAACAAUACACAGACUUGGGCAACUACUUUGUUUUUGACCCCAGUAAAGUCUCAGUGGAGGAGUUUUUUGGAGACCUCAAAACAUUCAUAAACAUGUUCCGGCAAGCAGUAAAGGAGAACCAGAAGAGGAAGGAGGCUGAGGAGAAGAUUAAGAAAGCCAAGUUGGCAAGAGAAAAGGCAGAGAAGGAGAAGGAGGAAAAACUGAAGAGGAGCCAGGUCUUGGACAUCAAUGCAGAGGGAGAUGAGACUGGCAUCAUGGACGGCCUGUUGGAGGCGCUACAGUCCGGAGCUGCCUUCAGGAGGAAGAGAGGACCAAGACAAGCAGCCAACCACAGAAGAGCUGGCCAUGCAGUGACUAACAUCCUGGCCAAGGAGCUGAUGCAGGAAGACACGCCCACGCCAAGCAAAUCCACAGUGAAAAAACAACGGCUAGAAGACCCAGAGGAGUCAAACGUUGAAUCGUCUGAAUCUUUAGAGGAUAUUCUGGAGGCGGUCCCUUCUCGAUCCAAUUAAAAUUUGAUGACAUGGACAGGGCUUUCAAGUACAUAUAGCUAUUACAGGGGCCAAUAAUAUACUGAGUAGAGAACGGUUUUGUGUUGGGAAACCAAAUUUUGACUAGAAAUAAACACACCGAUGACUUGAUUAGUUGCACUUGUUAUUUAUUUUGUAUCACAAGACAGCAACUCAGUGCAUGGAGACAUGUUCUAGUUUGGCAUUUCUUAAAAUUUUAGCAUCUUCAAAAAUCCAACUCACUUCAUAUAUGCAUUUUUCCAGUCCCUAAACAUCAGUGAUAACACUGAAUUAGUUAGUUAUUAUAGUAACUACACUUUAAUCAGCCUUGAUAAAACAUAAAGACUUAAUUCAUAAUGAGCAAAUACUUUAUUAAGACUGAUCCAGGCUUAGUAACUAUUUCAUGAAAACCCUAACCCCUUCAUUAAGGAGUCACUACGCCUGAAUCAUUCUUAAACUAGGUGUCUUUAUUAAGGCUAAAGAACACUGUCAGUGGCUAAUUAAGGUCCAGUUAUUAUAAAGUGCUAUCACGUCACGUUAGUAGAAGUCACUGUUACCAACUUAUUUUUCUUUCAAAUGUCUCUUGAAGAAACACAUUGGUUGUUUUAUUGGAUUGUAACAUAUUAUCUAUUCUUAACAGGUUUACUGAAUAAUGUGGCCAGAAUGAGUAUGCCAAUUUCACACUUUAAUUUGAAUUUCUUUUGUUCUGUCGACCAUCUCUGUAAUUAUUUAGUUUUGAAUUUAAAAAGGCAUUUUGGACACAUCCAAAGACAGCCUUCUUGACAUUUCACUUUCUGUAUUUUAGCCAAGAGCUGCAUUUUGAUCCAUUCUAGCCUCUGUUUUAAACUAUCGACCAAGACUGUUCAUACAUAUUCAUAAGACACAGUUUAUUUUACUGUAGCAUGGUGCCAACCAAGAAAAGUUUAUAUUAGUUUCACUCAGGUGUUUCAAAAGUGCUUUUGUUACACUGGUCUCUAUGGGUUAUUUCUAAGGGCACAUCAAAACACAUAUGUUGAUAAAUUUAAAACCACUUUGUUUUUUAAUGAGACAAACUUUAAUUCAUUUGGUAUAAACCUUAAAAGGGAAAAGGAAGUACAGUUGUUUGGAAAAGGGAGACUUAACCAAAUAGCAUUUAAAAGGGCGUUUGUAGCUACCCAACUGCAUUCCUGUGUCUGUGUCUCUGACUGUGUAAAAUAAGCCACUAAAAUGACUUGUGCGCACAUAAAGUUUGUCUAUGUCAGCGUCUCAUUACUGUACAGAGAGGUAUGGAUGCUGUCUUGAAUGUUAGGUUUCCCAAGCGGCUCUGUGGUAAUGUUGCACACUUGAGACUGCCUGAAAACUGUGGAGACAGGUCUAUUUCUCUAAAUGUUUUUUGUGCACUCAAAAUCUUAAAAAUCCUCAAUGUGCUGUGCUGGUUGCUGAUGUCUGACCUUCUCCAUGAUCAACAUAUAUCAACGUUGACAUGUUUACUUCUAAAUCUCUUAAUGUAAUGGUCACGUUCGCUGCCUUCUCCUAUGCAAAAAUGAAUGUGUUUAACCCAGGCACACUGUUUAAAUGUUUAAAUAGCACUGGGUGGACUUUUGUGGUCCAUGUCUAGCUCCCGAUUUCAAGCAUAAACAUAUCAAAGACCUUCCUUAGCUUGUAAUAUCUGCCAACAAAACUUGCACUUACAUUUACACAAAACAAUGUCACAUGCUUGAAGGUGCACUGUGUAACUUUUUGGUUGGGGGUCCGUCACCCUUUUUGUAUGGAUUCAUCAUUACUGUGCCUGAAAUGUUCCUCAGUCUGACAUUAAAAGCUCUGACUUAUUCAAUUACAGAUUGUUUUAUAGCUCAAAAAUACCUAGAAAAACAGGCAUUGAGUGUUAGUGGGGUCACCCACCUCUUCUCCAAGAAGACAGAAAGCCUCCAACAGAAAAGUUACACAAGGCACCUUUAAUUUUAAGUCACAUGAUGUUGGCAUGUUAGUUUUACAAGUUUCCAUUUUCAUACUUGGGGAACUUGUAAGAGAAAUUGGUUGCACCCAACCAAACCAUAAACUCCCAUGUACUCUGCUGUGCCUAUGCUGGAGCACUGUGAGGCACACUUUACUCUUGUGCUAUUCUGGGCAUGCUUUACAACUGUAACUAAAAACGAUUGAUGAAUAUGGACUUCACUGGAAACAACUUGGACAUUCCUUUUUGUUAAUUUUUAAGAUGUUUUCUAUGUGAAUUUUUACAGUUGAGUAUUUUAUUGUAUUUGAAUAGAUCUUUUUUUUUUUUUUGGAAAAUUGCUUAAUGUAUAUGGAGUAAUGCACAUGCUGGUUGCUACACAGAGCUAUUAAAAGUCUUAACUAAUUUAA